AAUGAAAAAAUUUAAAUUUUACAUAAAAUAAAAAAUAUUGUUUUACACUUCAAACCAAACGAAUGAUUUGAAUCUUCCAAAAUGAUAACUGUCAAACCACUGCUUCAUAACUUGCAGACCAUAAAGCUAGAAUAGAAAAAAAAACCUCCAUUUUUCUUCUAUAAACAUAGAUGUCAAACCUAACACUUCCUAAAUCUAUGCGCUUAUUCUCCUCCUCUCUUGAACUUGUUGACUACGGACCUUUACAAGCUCCUGCAAUUUUUCGAUUUCAUGCUGCAUUGACAGAAAUACUCAUAUUAGCAUAAUCUAGGUUUAGGACCUAGAAGAUACUUACUUCGUACGUGGCUCCAUACUUUCACUGAAAUCAAGGAAACUCUCAAGAAAUUAAUCCAUAUAACACAAUGUGUAGGCUGCCAAAAUCAGGAAGUUUAAGAUCAAUUUUCUGGUCUGACGGGAUGGUAGUUAAGGAAAUCACACACACUCAAAGCAUAUUCAUUCAUUUGCAAAAACAUGAAUUUUGCAAAUGAGAAAUGGUACAGUUAGGAGAUAUACCUAUUACCAAUUUGCAGCUUGAAAGACAGCUUCGAAAUGAAAUCUCCCCUUAGAACUAAAAUCAGUGAGCUCAAAAAUCAAAUUUGGUUUUCACCGCAAAUAAAUCUCAGUAAAUCAAAAGCUUUAGCAACUUAUAAACUUCGAAACGAUGUUUAUUUUCCAACAUGGAUGGACUCUUACCCCUUCGAAAACUUCUCCAAGAUUUUCACAUCGUUAUAAGUAACACACAAGUAAAGAAAUCUACAAAUGAUGAAAAUACAUAAAAAAAAUACAAAUAAAAGUGAAAUCUCCAAAAUCCACAUGGAAAUAACUAAGAAAUUGAAAAUCUAACCAUAAUUUCUCCUAGAAAUCAGAUAAGUGUGUAAACCGAUUGAGGAUUGUCUAGUAUUCACAUAGUUGGCAGCUCCUAAUCAAUGAGAAACGAGGUGAGUUGAUUUUAUUGGGUUAGUUAUAUAACUUUGUUCCCUUUUACAUAAGUACAAAUAUGCAACAUGAUAUAUUUUAUACUCCAUUUUUAUGAACAAUCACAUAAAGAUAUGAGAUCAAUACUAAUGUGUUUGUUAUGAUUGUGAGAAACAACACAUAAACAUAGCUGGAACAAUAGUGAAUCUCCUUCAAUAAUCAAUACCUAUAUUUAUGGUUAUGUUACUUAACUUUUCUUAUAAAAUUUAAUCAACCUUUCUAUUCCAGUCAAAAUGUUGACUAGAGAGGGUUUUAACAAUGAACGGAUGACUGUAAAAAAAUAUAUAAUUGUAAGUAAGCAGUGAGCAAUCCAUAGCUAACAUAUAGCUAAACGUCACCUCCCUAUUUCUUAAUAUUGUUUAAUGCACGGUUAACUCAAUUAUCUAAUGCUACUAAUGAUUUAAUUUCCAGUUUACAAUGUAAAGAGUAAACAACAUCAAAUGAUCAUCACAAUUGCAUCGAACUCAAUGCAAUCUCAAUCACGAAAGCAGUUAACCAGCUCAACAUUCCACUCAAGUAUGAAUCACAUAUCUACAUAAUUCAUUACAAAAGUCCAGAAGCAGUUCACUCACCAAAGUCUCGGCUUCACAGGAUCCAAUUACUCAUUCUCUCAAUUCAAACAAUUUGAAAAAAAACAACAACAGAAACGCUAGAAUCGUGAAUCUAGGUGAUAAAUAAAGUAGAUCAGAAAAAGCAAUCUGAAAAAAAAAUCAAUAACAGAAACGCUGGAGACCUGGAGCAGAACAUACCUGCUAUUCGAGAAGCUUUGUGCGGCAGCAUUUGAUCCUCCGAUCGAAUCUCGCCGCUGAUAACUGUUCGAAGGCGCAGAGAUGAAAUGAAUCAGAGCGCAGCACAUGGUUUAGUGAGAGAUGAUACGAGAGAGGGGAGGUUUAGGGUUUCUUUAGGGAGAGAGAUUGGCGGUGAGAAUUUUGAGAAUUGAGAGAGAUGGAGAAGAAUUAGGCGGUGAGAAAUUUUGAGAAGUAUUUUCAGUGUAGGAUUUGCGGCCCAUUAUUUCACCGAGGAAUUGGUAAGCAAGAAAAGAGACAGAGAAAAAAAAUAGGAACGGAAAAAGUGAGAAAGAUAACACUUGAAGAAAUCGCAAACAAAAAAGAGAAGAAAGAGGUGGGAAAAAAUGAGGAAGAUGGAGUAAUAAUUUUCCAAGCACCAUUAAUUGUGCUCGCAAAUCUGCAAGCAGUGUAGCAAGCACAAUUCGUUUACUAGAAAACUAUUGAUGCAAAAACUAAAUUGUUGUUUGCGAGCACUACUUGCUUGCAAAAUAGCAAGUACAAGCUUUUUACUCGCAAUUCUGCCAAAAUUUGUGAGCACAUGCUGUGCUUGUAAUAUGUGCUUGCAAACGAGCAUUUUUUUGCAGUGGCCUAUCCCUGUUCAGCUAAAACUUUUGAAUAAAUACUAAAAUAACACUGCCUCUCUCUCUUAUUCUUUUGGCUACAAAGCAUGAAAAUUAUAGUCACUUCGGUAGGAAAGGAUUGAACAAUAGGGAUGUACAUAGUGAUCUUACCUUAUGGUAUAUAGUGGAGUAUAUAUUACUCCCUCCGUCUACUAAAAAUAAUUUUUUUUAAACAAUACAGAUUUUAAUGCGAAAUUGAUAAAGUAUGGGAAGAAAUACAAUAGAAAAAAAAGUGUGUUUGCAGAAAAUGAGUCAAGAGAAAUACGUAAAUUUCUUAAAAUACUAAAAAGUUUUCAUUAUUAAAGAACGAACCAAAAGAAAAAGAAUUUAUGUGGACGAAUAAAUAUUUAUUCUACUAUUUCAUAUACUACUAUUUAAAUAUUCAAAAUACAUCACAUUUUGAAAAGAAAGAAUGGAUAAAUAGGGUGGAGUUUGAAGGACAAAGAAUUGCAUUAAUUGGAAGAUGUCAAGAGCAAUAAUAACCAAAUCUUGAGCUUGGAUGCCGUUCUUGGAUUCCAUUUUCACCUCCCUCUCUCUCUCUAAAACACUAAAACAGAAGCUACUACUAUAUCCAUAUUGAUUCAUCACAUGCAACAGAAACAAGAACAGAGAGCCAAUUAGCUUACCUCCAUUCCAUUAAUGUUGAUGGGUUACCUCUCCUGCAAAACCGACUCCUCCAUCUCCACAUCCGACCCCUUCAAAAUCCAAGAAUUCACCUACAAAGACCUCCAAUUAGCCACCGCCAACUUCUCCGACUCCAAGCUCCUCGGCCGCGGCAGCCACGGCCUUGUCUACAAGGCCGUCCUCCGCUCCGGCCGCCUCGUCGCCGUCAAGAAGCCCUCCUCCAACGACCUCGACAACGAGAUCGACAUCCUCUCCUCCCUCCACAGCCCCUCCCUCGUCAACCUCCUCGGCUUCUCCACCAACUCCCACGGCCGCCGCCUCCUCGUCGUCGAAUUCAUGAGCAACGGCACUCUCUACGACAUCCUCCACACCAAUCCCCGCCCCCCUACAUGGCCCCGCCGCCUCCGAUUGGCUCUCCAGACCGCCACAGCCGUCGAAACCCUCCACUCCUCCUCCCCUCCCGUCAUCCACCGCGACAUCAAAUCCGCCAACGUCUUAAUCGAUCGGAAUCUCAACGCUAGGUUAGGCGAUUUCGGCCUCGCAUUGCGCUGCGUCGACGAUUUCCGCCUCCGAUCGACUCCCCCCGCGGGGACGAUGGGCUAUCUAGACCCCUGCUACGUCACGCCGGAAAACCUAAGCACGAAGACCGACGUGUUCAGCUUCGGAAUCCUGCUGCUGGAGAUAAUCAGCGGGAGGAAGGCUCUGGAUAUGUCGAAUUCGCCGCCGUCGGUGGUGGAUUGGGCGAUUCCGCUGAUUAGGAAGGGGAAAUUCACGAGCGUGUACGAUCCUAGGGUUCCGGCGCCCAGGGAUGCGAGGGUGAGGAAGAUGGUGGCGGUGGUGGCGGCGAAAUGCGUGAGGCCGUGCAGAGAGAGGAGGCCGUCGAUGAAGGAGGUGGCGAGGUGUUUGGGUGAGCUGAGCAAGCUCAAUUCGUGGAAUGGAUUGUCGAAUCCCUGCAUCAUGGGGGAGGAUGUGGGAAUCGUUGAAACGCCAUUAAAGAAUCAGCAGCUAGAGUUGGGGGUUCGUAGCAAUUUGAUGGAAUUGAUGGCCUAUCAUAAAUCUCAAAUUAGGGCUAAAACUACAAAUCUCAGAUUUUGAUUUGGGAAAUUUGUUAAACAUUGCAUAAUGUGUGUGAUUAAGCAGCUCCAAAGUGUUUAGUUCAUUGUUUAACGUAAACCACAGAUUACAUUUGUUCCAAUUCAAUAACCCUCUAAGGAUAAUUCAUAGCUACAAUACAAAGUUAUCAUG